UGCUCUGAAGCUUUCUUUUCUACACACAAAUUACUCUCUGUAACAAUAGUAAAAGUUUUCCUAGUAAUUCAACAUGAAUUGUGUGUGUAUUCUCAAGGCUGACAUGGGGAGCCCAUUACUGGAUAGAAAUAAGUGUUGGUAUUUAUUAGGUAUGCAAUCGGUGAAGGUGUAAGAAAGCCUUACUAGAAAUAUCAAUUGCCGUGUGUUGUAGCCAUUGAGAGCACAAGCUGGAAGCACACUUGGGGAAAACCGUGAGGAGAAUAGACUGAGGAAAAAGAUGCCCCAAACAGCCAGAUAGCCCUUUUCUCCCCAUGAUGUCUGGUGACGAAAAUACAUUUCUUGAACAGCCAACAGACGUUGUCAGUGUUUGGGAAGGAGACUCCGACAGCAUAACUUGCUCAAUAUACAAUUCAGAAAAUGAACUGGGGAUGUACUUGAGGACUCAAGUACCACCAGACAAUGUUUUAUAUGUUCCCAAGGAUAAUAAACCAACUGUCCUUCCAGCUUUUGUGAAUCGCAUCAAGUAUUCAAAGGAAGGAGCAAAACUCACAGUAACUCUGCUCAAUGCACGGGAAUCUGAUUCAAAUUUCUACCUAUGCACCAGGUUUACUAAAAGAAACGGCUAUCACGUCAGGCUGGAUGGGAAGACAACCAUUGUAGUGGUGAAAGCUGCUGUGGUUCCACCUCUUAAGUUAGGAAUUAAUAAACAUGGAGCCGGAAUUGUUGAACAGUCACCACUCAUUGUCGAUAUUCAACAAGGCCAGUCUAUCAACAUUACCUGUGUGUUGAAUAGUUCAUAUGAAGAUGAAGAGAUCUACUUGCUCAAGACUCACAUGCAACCUGAAGGAGUGCUACGUGUUUCAAGUCAGAAAGCUCUAGAAAUCUUUCCUCAUUUUGCUAAUCGCUUGGAGUAUUCAAAGCAAGAGAAGAAACUAGUGAUAACUCUACACAGCCUACAGCAAAGUGACAGUGAUGUGUAUGUAUGCGCUGCGGUGCUGAAAAAUACCUCUCUCUUCUCAAUGAGUCAGAAAGGCACCAUGGUGCUGGUUAAAGGAGGGGAGGAGACAGCAUUCCAUAAUAGGUCCUGGGCCUACUAUGGCCUUAUCAUCAUGGCAGUGCUGCUGUUUUCUGUGCUGAUGUGCUUUGCCGUGUACUGUGUCCAUAUGAAGAAAUAUUUCCAGAAAAGAAAAACAAAUACAGUGUAUGAAGAUAUGUCUUACGGUUCUAGACGCAACACCUUCAUCAAACCUAACAUUUACACCAAUGACACUUAAGCUUCGUUUGGCUGGGACUGCGUACGGAUCAACUGUUCCCUUCCAGGUGCCUCUGAGAGCCACCUUAGCAACUUGAUGUAGCAGCUGAACUGAAAAUGCUAUCGUCUACCUUCUUUAGUCGCAGGAAAAAUCUGCCUUAUUUCCAAAGCUGUUUUUACUUAUUUUGAUCAUUUGUGAAAUACCUUUUACUUUUUCAUGUACAGAAAAUGCAUGUACCCUGCACAUGUGUUUGCAGUGUAAUAUGGAAAGCAGUAUUUUUGGAGUGUACAUUUGGCUAGAUGCAAUAUAUGGGAUUGUUUCUGUGAUGAUAGACAACCCUUUCAGGGAAGGUGAGAUAAUUUGAGAGGUGUCAUUCUGAGCUUUCAUAAGUGCUCAGGAAGAACAUAAUAGGCUUGUUUAAUAAUUUGCAAUGGAUCCACGUAUGAAUGGAGUACAGUUUUCUAAAGUAUCUGUGUGGGGUCUAUCCAAAAGCUCUAGUAGCUAAAACUACUCACAAGUUAAAGCAACAAAAUCUCUUCUGAAGAGAAUUCAGAAACUUUGUGACAAGAUUGCAUUAGAAGUGAGGCGCUAGAUAUGCAUGGGUUUAACAAUUCAAAGAUCAGAAUGGUCCCACAAAAAUGCAAUCAAGUGUAGAUAUUAAAUUAUUGACCUUGCUGUGCUACGUCUGCAGCUCAGGAGAGGUCAUUUCCCUUCAAAUGACAGUUGUGAAAUCCUGCGUACCAGACUUGAGGGGGAAAUCAACCAGAUGGCUGGCAGUUCUGGAUUUCCCUUGUAGCAGAGGGGUGUCUGUUGACUGCAGAACCUGCAAUCAUCACAUAAUUUUACAUUAAUAAACCGAUGCAAUCUGAUUGUGGAAACUGAUUGUGGUCCAAGCCCCAGGGUUUUAUACAGUUGCUUGCUACUUUUGUACAUGUGCUAAAGACUGUUUUAUAUCUCUUGCAAAUGAGUGCUAGUUAUUGAAUGGACUGGUUCAUGUAGAUUUUUUUUAGUAGAUUGAAAUAAAGGCUUUUUGCAAAAUGCACCUAGCAAUAACUCAAAAGAUGAUAUGAUAAUCAUUUUGCACUUUAUUUACACAAUCUACAUCUUUUUUUUAUUAUUAU